GUCAUUAUUGGCAGUCAAUGUCAAUAAAACCUACAACAAACUAUGAAAUCAAAAUUGUCCUCGAUAAAAUUAUUGUAAAUUUUGAUUCAUUUUUCGAAAUCAAAAUAUUCUUUCUCUUUAUAACUACGUAUAAAACAUUCCUGUUAGGUGCUAAUAAUAAUGUUUUGUGUAUAAAUCCUUGGUAUUAAUGAUAAUCGUUGAUGACUACAGACUAGAGCUUAGAGGUCUACCUGUGGAAUGGAGUAAACCAAAUUAUAAAUGAACAAUGGAUUCAAUUAGAAGAUCAUGGAAACUACAGGAAUUUGUCGCCCACAAGGCGAACGUCAAUUGCUUGGCUAUGGGACAUAAAUCUAACCAAGUAUUAGCAACCGGAGGAGAUGACAAAAAAGUUAAUCUUUGGGCUAUUGGCAGGCAAAGUUGUUUAAUGAGCUUAAGUGGUCACACAACUCCAGUGGAAUGUGUUUGUUUUGGACACUCUGAAGAUUUGGUGUGUGCAGGGUCACAGACAGGAGCUUUAAAAAUCUGGGACUUGGAAGCUGCAAAACUCUUGAGAACUUUCACUGGACAUAAGGGGGCAGUAAAAUGUAUGGACUUUCAUCCAUAUGGUGAUUACUUGACUACUGGUUCUUGUGAUAGCAAUAUAAAAUUGUGGGAUACAAGAAAGAGAGGUUGCAUAGUGACAUACUCCAGCCACCAGCUUGCAGUUAACAGCCUCCAGUUUAGUCCUGAUGGACAAUGGAUUGCUUCAGCUUGUGAGGAUGGUCUAGUAAAAGUUUGGGAUGUGAGAGUCGGCAAAGUGUUGCAAGAAUUCAUGGAGCAUACAGCCGCAGUUACAUGUGUAAAAUUCCACCCACAUGAGUUUUUGCUGGCCAGUUGCGGCACAGACAGAACUGUCAACUUCUGGGAUAUGGAGAAGUUCCAAUUAGUUUCUAAGUUUGAAAAGGCCAAUACUUCAAUUAGGCAAAUGGUAUUUAGUGAUGAUGGUACAACUCUGCUUGGCUGUGGCAAUGACGGGCUUCAUGUAGUGGGCUGGGAACCGAUCCGCACACUUGAUACUGUUCAUGGACAUUGGGGUCAAAUUCAUGACAUUACAGUAGCACAAACACAACUAAUAGCGGGAUCUUAUCAUUCAACAUAUGUGGUACUUUCCGUUGUUGAUCUGAAUAAAGUAUAUCCUUUUGGAGGGCCACCCCCGGUGUCACCAGCUGUUGUUAGAGAUCUGUCGCCGUUCCAAAAGGGACAUUCUGCAAGGAAGAGCUUUUCUAAAGAAAAACCUGCUAAAGAAGUGUUGCAUAGGCCGACCCUAUUAGACGAGAAAACUGCGGAAGAAUCGACGUCAGGAACUGAGGCAGAUGAGGAUUCAGGUGCAGUUAUAUCCAAUAUUAAUGACUACACUGAAAUUUUCCGACCUUCUAGAGCAUUAAUGCGCACCCCACCUCCUACAACGAGUUUAUCAUCUGAGGAUUUCUCUAUCUCAACGCUGCCGAGCUCCCCGCCGGCGAAGCUGGAGUGUCCGCUGAACACGUCGCUGCGCGAGCUCAUGUCCGCGCCGCAGCGCCAGCGCCCCGACCACUACUCCCGCAUACCCACAGCGGAGAAAAAAACAGAAAUAUUCACAAGGGUGAUAGACAACACGAAAGAAGACAACAAUUUCGCGUCGACGCAGACCGCCGCUGUUAGGGAUUACGUCAGUGGCCCGGUCUCCACGACCACGCUUAACCGCCAUAACUCAUAUAAAGAAAGUAAAUCAACUGAUCUACCUAAUGCCACAAAUCUUCGGCAAAGCAAUAGCGAGAUGUCUCUGGGUCCGCACACUUUAGGUCCCAGAUCACUAUCAUUUACAAGACCCACAAGUGAGACUCCGAGAAGAAGAGUGGAGAGCAUCAGUCCGGAGCCGGAGCGCGAGCCCGAGCCGGAGUUCGUGCCCUUCGCCGCCGACCGCCCCGUCGGCCUCGACCUCGACGACUUCCUGCCCCGAGGCGCAGCUUUGGGUUUGGGUCGACGAGGGGCACGGGGGGCAGGGGCUGAGCCCAGUGAGCAGGAGGUGCUGGGCGUCAUGAUGCGGGGGCACGAUUCCAUGAUGGCCGUGCUCACCGCCAGGCAGCGGUACUUGCAGAUCUUUCAUUCAGUGAGGAUAAAUAAAUCUCUAAAAUCGGCGCUAGAAUCGGUAAUAGCUUUAGAAGACACCUCUGUUAUAUUGGACAUACUUAAUGUGAUGGCACAUAAACCAUCACUUUGGAAUUUAGACAUUUGUUUGUUAAUGCUGCCGAAAAUUUAUGAUUUACUACAAAGCAAAUACGAAUCCUACAUGCAAUGCGGAUGCAACGCGUUGCGGCUGAUAGUGCGCAACUUCUCGUCCGUGGUGCGCGCCAACGUGCACGCGCCCGUGCGCACGCUGGGCGUCGACAUCCCGCGCGAGGAGCGCUACGCCAAGUGCGCGCAGAUCCAUCGUCUGCUGCUGGACGUGCGCGCCUUCCUGCUCAAGCGGCAGACGCUGCAGGGCCGCCUCGGCGCCGCCUUCCGCGACCUCCACACCCUCAUGCAGCAGGGACUCGACUGACCCCACCGCUCUAUGCUUUUUACGUUCACGCUGCCAGUUUUUUAAUCCCGACUUUUCUAUAUACGAAACAUUGUGAGAAACUUGUAAUAUCUGAUCAGCUGAGUGAAAUAGUGCUGAUGUGUUAAAAAAAUAAAUCGAUUAAUGAAAAACAAAGAGUAAAUGGAGAUUACACUAAAAUCAAGUUUUUAGCAUUUAUAAAUAGUAGAAAUUUUCAGCAAUUCCUGAAAUAUUGAAAUUGAAAUAUUGGUCGGUCACUCAAUUUUAGUUGAGUUUGUCGUCAGUCUUUCUACUAAACGUAUUUUAAUUUUUCAUUUCCCUUGAGUUUUUUUUAUAAUAACUAUGAAAUUUUUAUUCUUAUGAUUAGAAGCAAAAUUAAAAAUAUAAGUAGUUCUUCUGGCUUCAUCUAUGAAAAUUAUCUGGAAAUAAUGACAAAAUAAUGUGAUGACUGCUUCAAAAUGGGUGAUAUUGAUGGAAAAAUAAUCUCGGCAUAUUAUAACACAAAUGAGAAGUAUAAAUUUCUAAUUAUUAUUAUUUGAAUAAGAAAAAAUAUUUAAAUAUGCAUAUAAAUGAAGUACCUACCUCUUGCUCGUAAUUUCACAAUUUAAAAAAAUGUAAACAUGAAUUUUGCAUUACAUAUGCUUACACUGUUUAAAAAAAAUAGGGUGAGGUAGUAAUGGGUAUCCAGGGCUCCAACACCCAAAAGUUAAAGAAGUAAACCGGGGAUAUGCUCAGAUGAUACACUCUGAAAAAAAUAUAAAGAAUAAUCAUUAUUCUUUAUAUUUUUGUUUAUAAUGUAUUAUACAUAUAUUGUACUUACACAAAGAUGUCAUCAAAUUUUAGACCUGUGCAAUUAGGCAUCACAAAAUUCAAUUUGGCAAAGUACAUUUUUUAUGAACAAAGUUCUCCAGUUACUUUCUAUUAAUAAUGAACAUUUUUAAAAGCUACCAAUAAAAGAAUUAACUACUAACAUAACAAAAUUUUAUCAGGAGAUUAAUUUAUAAAGUAUUAUUUAUCAGCAUUACAAAAGUCAAUAAAGUUAUAUACUAAAGCAAACUUUAUUUU